AUGCAGAUCUUCGUCAAGACUCUCACGGGCAAGACCAUCACCCUCGAGGUCGAGUCCUCGGACACCAUCGACAAUGUCAAGUCCAAGAUCCAGGACAAGGAGGGCAUCCCCCCGGACCAGCAGCGAUUGAUCUUCGCUGGUAAGCAGCUGGAGGAUGGUCGCACCCUCUCCGACUACAACAUCCAGAAGGAGAGCACUCUCCACCUCGUCCUCCGUCUGCGUGGAGGCAUGCAAAUCUUCGUCAAGACCCUGACCGGCAAGACCAUCACUCUCGAGGUCGAGUCUUCGGACACUAUCGACAACGUCAAGUCGAAGAUUCAGGACAAGGAGGGUAUCCCCCCGGACCAGCAGCGUUUGAUCUUCGCCGGCAAGCAACUUGAGGAUGGCCGUACCCUGUCAGACUACAACAUCCAGAAGGAAUCCACCCUCCACCUGGUUCUCCGCCUCCGUGGUGGUAUGCAGAUCUUUGUCAAGACCUUGACCGGAAAGACCAUUACUUUGGAAGUCGAGUCUUCCGACACCAUCGACAAUGUAAAGAGCAAGAUCCAGGACAAGGAGGGCAUCCCCCCGGACCAGCAGCGUCUCAUUUUCGCUGGCAAGCAGUUGGAAGACGGCCGCACUCUGAGUGACUACAACAUUCAGAAGGAGUCGACGCUGCACUUGGUGCUGCGUCUCCGUGGUGGACAGUAG